AGCAUUUUCUUUACAGCCCCAAUCGGCAACUGUUCUCACUGAUACAUCUUGAUUAAUUUUAGAAUCGAGAAAGGAACUUGUUAGCAUUGUGUUAAACCGGCAGAAGGGUACUGAAUCGAAGCCAUCCGACGACUGGCUCGCCAAACAGAAAUAUUUCUUAUGCAAGAUAUUUGCUUCUCCGUUAUCUAGGAAAAGACGAGAUCUAGAGAAGCUUCCAUCAGAUCUUGUCAGUAUAAACGUGAUAAGGAAAAUCCUGGUAUAACUAUGACAAUAAAUCUUCUAGGCACCCGAGUUGUUCGUGGUCAAGAUUGGGAAUGGGGAAACCAAGAUGGCGGAGAAGGUUUUGUAGGUACAGUAGUUCAAGUCGGAAGAGACAAGAAGUCGCCUGUGACAGAACAGCUUGUUUACGUACAGUGGGAUUGUGGAGGGAAGCACAACUACAGGGCUGGAAUCGAAAAGAAACACGAUCUUCGAAUUUUUAGUUUCACAAAUGGCGACGCGAAACAUUUAUUUCGUAACUGCGAUGGUUGUAAAGAAGAUCCUAUCAUUGGACUGCGCUGGCACUGUUUAGAUUGUCCCAACUAUGAUCUGUGCAGCAAGUGUUACAUGAACGAUAUCCAUGAUGUCAAUCAUCGCUUUGAACGAUUCGACAAGAGUCGCGCCAAAGGCAUCCCUGUUGGCAAAAGGCAAGGCGCCACUCAGCUUGAAGCCCGCGGAAUGUUUAAGGGAGCAAAAGUAACCAGAGGACCAGACUGGGAAUGGAAGGAACAGGAUAACCAAUCUCCUACGGAAGGCGAGGUUACUGAGGUCACCAGCUGGAGUGACGAGACAAAUAAUGAUGCUGUGAGGGUGAACUGGAACAAAGGACCGAGGGGGGACAUUUAUAGAUUGGGAAAAAAUGGAAAGGUUGACCUCAAGUGUACUUCGUCAGCUGUAGGAGGAUAUUAUUACAGAGAUCACUUACCACCUCUCACAAUGCGGAUAAGAAAGUCCAAAAGUGGGUUUACGACUGGUGACAAAGUCUACCUUCAGAAGCUUGCGGUAGUAAAGCUUCAGGAGUUAUCCGCUGGUCAUGGAGGAUGGAACGCAGACAUGGAAAGGUACAUAGGGAAAAUUGGAGUCGUGCAAGAUUUCACAACCGAUGGUGACGUUGUUGUAGAGUAUCGCGACAGAAGUUGGUGUUACAAUCCAGCAGCUUUGACAAAGAUACAAAAAUUUAAGCAAGGCGAUGAAGUUGUAGUUAAAAGUGAUGAACACUUAGUCAAAGAGCUCCAAAAAGAACAUGGAGGAUGGAACGAGUCCAUGAUAUCAAUCCUUGGUCGUACCGGAAAGGUAUUGGAAGUUGAUAGUGAUGGUGGCAUUUUAGUGUCAGUAGAAGGCACCACAUGGAUGUUGAGCCCGGCUGCUGUGACUUCUGUCACAGACCCAGACCCCCAGCAGUCAACAGUGUCUGGUGACAUGGGCAGCGAAGACCCGUUAGGGCUUUUCAGUCUCCAACGUCAAGCUCAUGAACAGGAGGACCGCGGCCUUGUGAAUGCUGCACAAAGCAACAACCUCCUGAGACUCAAGGAAAUCUUGGAUGCUAACCCAGAACGGAUUGAUGAGCUAGUGGAUGGUCGCACAGCUCUUCAUGAAGCAUGUUACCAGGGGCAUUGUGACAUCAUUAGAGAAUUGCUUGAGAGAGGAGCUGAUAUGGAAAUACUGGAUGAUCAGGGAUACACAGCCAUGCAUGUCUCUACUUACCAAGACGAAAGCGGUGAAGCCUUAAAGCUGUUACUGGAGAGAGGUUUUGACCCAAAUGUUCAACAUGGAAGUAAUAAGAACACACCCUUACAUUGGGCUGUGCAAAAGAAAAACGAAACGGCAGUACAGAUCCUGACACAGUGCCCUGAGUGUGACGUCAAUCUUCAGGACGAAGAUGGUGAUACCCCUCUCCAUGAUGCCAUCCUUUUAGAACACCACAACAUGGUGGAUAUGCUGUUAGACUGUCCAAGAAUUUGUUACACUCUUUGUAACGGAAAAGGUUUCAACUAUCUUCACCUUGCUGUUUUAAAAGGAAAUAAACGCGGCGUGGAAAGAAUUUUUGCCAAAACCGGGAAUUCCUUGAAUGUUGUCAAAGAUGAUGGGUUUACGACCCUUCAUAUUGCAGCAAAUAACGAUCAUCGUGAGAUAGCUAAGAUCCUUUUAAAGAAGCCGGGGUGUGAGGUAGAUGCUCCAAGCGCUGAAAAUCAUUCGGCACUUCAUUUAGCCGCCAAUGCAGGGCACUCAGUCAUGGUAGAACUGUUGUUGGACUUUGGAGCUAAUGUGAACUCGAUGGAUAAUGACGGAGAUACGGCACUUCACAUCAGUUUAAUGAGGGAACACGAACUACAGAGUAAUCCGAGAGCAAUGUAUGGUCCGGAGUUACUACCUGGAAUACGAAAGAGCAGUGCGUCCUUCGUUGCUGUAUCACGCUGCUUGUUGAACUAUGGAGCUGACGUAUGGAAAGUCAAUGGCUCAGGGGAAACACCGCUGACCAGAUGUCGAGGAUCGGAAGUUGAGCAACUCAUUCGGAAGAUUGCAGCCUGUGGACGGACCACAGACAAUAAGAAAGUUCCAAGUUUUGGGUCGUCGAGCGAGUCGCAAACAGAACCUGAGUCAGAGGAUGCUUCAUCUUCAGCAAGUGCGGCAACACCGAUAGACGAAACUGAAAAAGAUGAUAAAAAUCAACCAGAUAGUACGAGUAGCACUGAUGAGGGAGAAGAUACGUUUUUACGGCGCUUAAUAAGUGCCUUAUGCAGUGGAGAUCAACAAGAAUCAGUAUCAGAGGAGAUGUCAGACGAGAUGAAGAGUGAAGACGUUCAAGAAGGCGAAACAACUGAAAGUGUAUCGCAGGAAACAGCCCUGGUGAGAAAUAUAAUGGAGGAAGACACAUUUUGUCUGGAGAAUGUGGUGUUGGAAGUGACUAAUAAAGUUGCAGUGGAAACCUGGGCCUCAGACAUCUCAAACAACAGUGUCGUUCAACCUGCUGAAAUGGCAGAGAAUAACACCGACACAGAUAUGGACGACAGCGAGGGCCCACAAUCGCAGACACAAUCAACAGACGACGAUGUUAAUAUGGAUCAGGAGACAGAAAAUGAAGAAAAAAAUCCAUCGACAUCUGAUGAUCUUAAAGUGCUGUGUAACAUAUGUGAGGAGGCUGAGGCUGUUGUUGCAUUCAAACCCUGUGGCCACACUGUUGUAUGCACAGAAUGUGCAGCCCGAUUAAAGAGAUGUUUGGAUUGUAAAACGCCUAUUACUGGUAAAAGAACGAGAGAUGGUAACCCAAUCAUUGGAAUAAACAACAAGUCCUUGCUCUCGCGAUAUCAGCAACUUGAAGCAAAGUUUCGGAAAUUGGAGGAAUUCGUUGUGUGUUGUAUUUGCGUGGAAAGGAAGAAGGACGUCAUUUUCCGCUGUGGCCACGGCACAUGUCAGUUUUGUGCAAAGCAGCUUAGUAUCUGCCAUAUUUGCCAGAAGCCCAUUGAGAUGAAAAUACAGAUGUUUUAAUUGUGUGGGUUAAACACUAUCUACACUAUCUAUCGAUACGCCAUGAGAGCUCGUUCGAUGAACAACCACUGCUGAGUGAAAUCAGUCUUUUUCUAUGUUCUACAGUACUAAAGAUUUACAUCAAAGGUCAACGAAAUAAGAAAAAAAGAGAUUCAUAUUGUGAGCUUCUCGAAAAGAAAUCGAGUCAAAUAAGGCCAUAUAUUCAUAAUACAAUACAUGGAACGAAGGAAAAUAUUUAUGAAUCAAACGAGUUCAAAUUGAGUAAUUAAGUGUUAUGAACUGAGUUGAAAACGUAAAUUCGCCACCGUAAAGAGUUUAAAGGCUGUCGUUUCGAGCGUUAGCCCUUCGUCAGAGCGAUUGGAGGAAUUGUGGGUUGUGUGUGGGUUUAUAUGCAGAAAAUGGAGCUACUCUAUUGGUGGGAAUAUGGUGAUGAGAAGACAAGAACAAAUUAGUUAAAUAAAAGGCGCUCGUUGAUACCGUAAGGAUUAAGAGUGCGAUUUGGAAAAUAAAUUUUUGUUCUAAAGUUUUGCCGCUUUCCUAACUGCCUGGAUGUAGGGAAAGGCCGCAAGCUGUCAUAUGCUGUUUAGAAUGAUUAAGGAGAUUAAAGUGUCAAGCGACUGGUU